AUGGUAAACGCGGAUCACUCGCUCUACGCCUUACGGUUGCGAAGUGACAAAUUUGGGGAAGGACCCACCAAAUCGAUUUAUGGGUCCAACCCAUCAGAGGUGCAAAUUUACUACCACUAUGAUUACGAGCAGAAGGAGUACAUAGGGGAUAUUACCUCCAGUGAAGUGGAUAGAGGCGAAAUUGGAAAAAGAAAACCGCCGAGCGAAGGGAAGUUCUCCCCUCGGAUGGCGUGGCUAAAGGGGACGUACAAAAUGAUCGAUUUUGCCAAGCGGUUAUUCCUCAGCCAUGUGGAGAAAACGGACUCUGAGCUGAGGAGGGGCCUAAGGAGAUACGAGGCGAAAAAGCUAAACUACACGGUGAGGGAAAAAAUGGGAAGCGGAGCAUUUGGGGAAAUCUGGUACGCAAUAAAUAUGAAUAAGGAGUCCCCCUUUAAAGAUGUGGUGUUAAAGAAGAUUCUAAUUCUUCAGAAUGAAGAAGCAUCGGAGGCGAGUGCAAAGAGGGAAAUCUACUUUGGAGAGCUUCUUAAAAAUUGCCCAAAUGUAAGUCGCUUUAUUGAGUUCUUUACAGAAUAUGAAAGGACAGAUGAUGGGAAAGAGGAACAGAAGUAUGUGUGGCUGGUUUUUGCAAAUGAGGGGUACUCGCUAGCCAAUCACCUAUUCCACGUAGACAAAAACAAAGGGGGGAUGUUAACCCCCAGUAAGUUAUGGUGGAGCAUCAAGAAGCAAAGCAUUGGCAUGCGGGUACUAAGAGAUUUAAUGCACCAAAUUUUAAAAGGAGUUAACAACGCACAUAAGAUGGGGAUCACUCAUAGGGAUUUAAAAAUGGAAAACAUUUUCGUUUCGCCAAGCACCCCCUUCACCGUUCGUAUUGGUGACUGGGGUAGUGCAGUACAGUAUAACAGUGACGAUUUUUUAUUUCCCCCUUCGGAAAAUGAAGAGACAGAAGGGUACCAACCACCGGAGUCCCUUUUUGGGCACAUGAAAAGAAAUUUUAAUCGCCUGCCUUACUACGACAUGUGGGGCAUAGGCAUCGUAUUUCUGCAGUUCGUCUUGGGCACCAAAAAUCCUCUCGAAGUUAAAAAUAAAAGGAAUGAAAUGAAGCUGCAUAAUUUCUACGCCAAGCAUGCAACCCCGGAGGCAUUAAAAGAGGCGAUCUUUUUGCAAAGCCUUUCCGAGUUGUGUUUAAUGCCCUGGAGCUUACCUUCAAACAGAAUGGUUUCUCUCAAACGGGGGAAGACACUACCCCAUUCCUCCAUUUAUAAGAACAACACCAUUUUGAAUGCUCUACACUAUUUUCUCUCCUUCAAUUUGGUUCAUUUGAAGAACCACACGUUGAGCAACUGGCGGAGGAGGUACCUUGCCAGCACGUAUAACUCGUUGGUCCCCUUCUUCCCCGAUGCCUCUCCCCUUUGUGAAGACGCCAACUGUCUGCAUUUGAGCGACUCCCGUUUGGUGACCUCUCCCAGGUUGGGUGGCCACUCCGGGAAAGCUCCCCACGAGGAUGUCACCGGCGCAGAUUUGCACCGCCGCGAGGGGCCCACCUGUGCGGACUGCGCUAGUAGCGCGGAGAUGCGCAAAGGCGCGCCGAUAAGCACAGCCGCUCCAGUAAGCACAGCCGCCCAGAUGAACCAACUGAUGUACCAACACUCGCGCGCGCACGCGCCGCUUGCUCCCCCGUGUGACGACGAGCAGUUCCAGCGGAUCCUGCAGGAGAGAGACCCCUCGGGCGUGGGGCUGCCCAACGCAAACGCGAGAAAUCUGCUCCGGCGUCUGCUCACCUUUGACUACGCCACGCGCAUUACCGCCGAGGAGGCCCUCAACCAUCCCUGGUUCGCAGAGCCAUAG